UUACGCGAUGAUGAAGUUCUGCAAGGAUAGAUCUUGUGCAAGAGACAACCCUUCUCUACAUGCUAUUGCUUCCAGCGAUGCUACAUCUGUUAUUCCAUGCAACACAAGGGCCGAACUGCCCAUAAAAUUACCCUGUGUGUCUCGACAGACCGCUGCAGCAGCCCCGCUAGUCUGCACCCUGAAUUUUUGCAAAUCCUGCCGGCGGCGCUUUAGGUCGCGCUACUGCAUAUAAUAAUUAAGUAUAACAAGAAGAAAAUUAUUUUUCUUAAUUAACCUGGUAAAUCGGGUCCAACUACGGCGAGGCACAUCGGUAGAUCGAUGCAUGCAGGCCUAGUCUGUUUAUUUCUGCUGCAUGCAAUGCAACCCUAGCCGCCGUGUCGUGGAUCUUUUAUUCUCAGGGAGAAACAUCGAUCGACCCAGCUAACUACCCUAGACCAUGGGUACUGGAAGCGAUCGAUAUCCAAACAUGUCGCCCGCGCCGCCAACAUGGGUCGACCUCCCGCCGGAGCUCCUGGCCCUCGUCUCCGGCCGCCUGCACGAGGCGGCCGACUUCGUCCGCUUCCAUGCCGCCUGCACGCGGUGGCGGGACUCGCUGAGCCAUACGACGGCGCUCCGCCCGGCCUUCUUUCCCUGGCUCAUCGCCCCGCCAUCCGGCUAUGGCUCUUCCGUCGUCAAGCUCCGCUGCGUCUUCUCCAAGACAACCUACCUCGCGGCGGCGCCCGAGACGUUCUCCAGUCGCAGGUGGGUGGCGCGAGCCGACGGCUCGGCGGCCUGGUUCUCCGCCGCUGGCUCCGGGCUUACGCUCAUCGACCCUCUCACAGGAGAUGUUGCCACGUCCCUGCCGACCUUCCCGGAGGACGACGGCAAGACCACACGGAGGAUGGAGAUCUCCCGCGGCAUCAUAUAUGCCGACGGCACGGUCUUCCUGUACAACUUCACCUACCCCGACUACGUCGACCCCGAUGAGGACGACGACAAGUUAGAUGAGCAAAUCUACUUAUGUUUCAACACGGCCAUCCUUGGUCCCGGAGAUACCGCCUGGAAGUUCGCCCAGAGAGAGUUGGACGUGUACACCAAGUGGGACGCGAUGAAGGGGGAGUAUGAAAUCGAGAACAAUCGUUUACCGGCCGCGUACCCUGUUGACCACAGAAUGAAACUAGUGUGUGUGGACGGAGAAGAUUACAAUCUGAAGGACACCUGGACGUGGCACAUCCUGCCCGAGCUGACAGGCGACGAAAUCAUGGACGAGGAAGAGGAGAUCCUCAUCAGUGGCAUCCAAGAGGAAGAGAUCGACACCACCGGCUGGUACCUCGAGUCUUGCCAUAUCCUUGAGUCCCGCGGCGAGCUGCUGCAGGUGUCCGUCCUGGUUCAACAAGACAGGAGCUUCAUAUAUGAGGACGCAGCAGCCCAGGCGAGCGCGUUGGUUGUGUGGGUGCACGCGUUGGAGGAAGACACGGAUGCAGACGGUGGACGGAGGGUGAUGCGGUGGGCAAGGAGGGAUGGUCGGAGCUUCUCCGACCGGGUCAUGUUCUUGGGGUUCCCGACCAGCUUUGCCGUGGAAGCCACGAAGUUCCCUGGCGAGGAGGACUACCUGAGCGGCGGGUGCGUCUACUUGCUCCAGCACAGAAGGUUGGACUUACAUGGCUCGUCAUCGCGUGGCGUGUUCAGGUACAAUCUUCUCGACGACAAGGCUAAGUUCAUUGAGCAGCUACCUCCGGAGUGGAGCGGCCAGAAGAAAGCCGAUGCUUGCCUGUGGUUCAUGCCCCAGCCUUCCAUUGCCCCGAUCCAGGUAAUUAGAGAAAGGCUAGAGGCUCCAAGGGCAGACCAUCCAAAUAUGAGAAUUAGCACUUUUCGCAUGGAGGAACGACCAAAACAACCCAAGGUGCCUUUGUUCAGAUUCCUCGUGCAAAACCUACCUCCUGCUGUGGAUAGCUCUCGGCUGUGCACCUUCUUCGGUAAGCAUGGCCAAGUUUUGGCCACUAAGAUGAUCUCACCUGCAGGGACGGCAUGUGUUAUCAUGUUCGUGGAGAUGGUGAAUAGACUAGAUGAUGCCGAGGCCACCCUCGAUGGGCUAGUCUUGGAUGGUUGCACCCUGACGGUGAAGUGGUGACAGCAAAUUAAGGGGCCAUUUGCUAGUGUUUAAAUGGCCACCUACAAAUGAAGAGCAAGUACACUCGUUAAAAAGGCAUCAUCAUUCUCUUAAACCUCCACAUCGUCUCGAGAUACCAAUUAAUACGUUCAACAAUACAUCAUAUAUUUAAAUGUUAUGUCCAGUUCAUGUUUCUUCAUCAGCCACAAACUUGAUCGGUCUCGCCCAGGUUCUUUUCUGUUUCUGUGAGCGAGGAGAAGAAACCUGAGCUGGGGUGCUCUAGUUAUUUGCUAGCAUUUUGUCCGCUCUCUUUUGGUGAUAGGAAUUAAUGUCUGCAUGUAAACAUCUAUACAAUUUGAUGUGCUGAGGGUCUCA